AUGGCGGCGCCCUUGGCCUUGUCCGCGCUCCUCCGCCUCCGCCUCCGGCUCGGGGCCGCCCCGCGCGUGCCCGCCUGCCGCGGCGUCUCCGGCCCUGGGAGCUUCCAGCCGCCCCCCAAGCCCGUCAUCGUGGAGAAGAGGCAGGAGCCGGAACAGCAGCGCAGGUUCUUGAGCCCCGAGUUCAUCCCUCCGCGGGGGCGGACAAACCCGCUCAAGUUCCAGCUGGAGCGCCAGGACAUGCUGCAGCGGCGCAAGGUUCUGCACAUCCCCGAGUUCUACGUGGGGAGCAUUCUGGCCGUCACCUCCUCGGACCCGUACGCGAAGGGGAAAACCAGCCGCUUUCUGGGCAUUUGCACCCAGCGGUCGGGCAAGGGCCUCGGGGCCACCUUCGUGCUGCGCAACACCCUCGAGGGUCAAGGGGUGGAGAUCUGUUUCGACCUGUACAGCCCGCGCAUUCAGGAAAUCCAGGUGGUCAGACUGGAGAAGAGGCUGGAUGACAACCUCAUGUACCUCCGCGACGCCCUGCCCGAGUACAGCACUUUCGACCCGGACAUGAAGCCCGUGGCCCGGCCCCCCGGCCACGAGGUGCCCGUGAAUGAGCUCAAGGUCAAGAUGAAGCCCAAGCCGUGGUCCAAGCGAUGGGAGCGUCCCAAGUUCAACAUUAAGGGCAUCCGCUUCGACCUGUGCCUGACUGAGGACCAGGUGAAGGAAGCGCAGAAGUGGAGCCAGCCUUGGCUCGAGUUUGACAUGAUGAGGGAGUACGACACCUCCGAGAUUGAGGCCAAGAUAUGGGAGGAGAUCGAGGCAUCUCGGAGGUCCUGAAGCCGUGCUCCCAUCCCCCAGGGGUCACAGGCCAGGUCUGUGCAGCGGGUGCCCACCAGCCCUGAUGCUCUUACCUCCUGCCCCAGCCUUCUCUGACGGAGGGUGACCAUCUUCCCAUCUGGAGCCACGGGCCAUCCAGUGCCUGGGAAAGUGAGCACCCAGCCUCACUGUGCAUAUGACAGCCCCUACUCCCUGAUGAACCUGUGGGGCACACACCAGCAGUACAAUAAACGUUUAUUGAGCACUUAA